AUGGACCCCAGUUGCAUUGUCCUCAGUUGCCUGCUCAUGUUUCAGAUGACCAGUACUCUUGUGUUUCUGAACCCCGUCAACGAUGUCCGGAAGACGACCAGAGCUUUGAAUAAUAUGGUCAAAAACUACAAAAGUUUGUAUUACCUUGGAAUACUAUUGUAUUUUGGGGCAGUUGCGUAUCUCGGAAUUAUUUCACCAUUGAAAAAAAUACACUUAUUGAUAACAAACAAUGUCCUCAACGAAUUUGAGAAGAUGUUAGCCCUUCACCAGAUUGAGAAGAACUAUUUUAUCGCAGGGUUUUCGCUAUUCAUGUUUGUUGUACUGUACGGAGUUAGAGCCUUGACUGCUUAUGCGGCAACACUUCUGCAACUAUCGAUAUCAUCCAGUCAGUCAUUCGUUGGACGCCACACACGAGAGCAGAAGAAAUCGCUGGGAAGAAACGGUAAAACAUUUACACCUGAAAACAUUCUGCCGAAUUUGUUGAAAGUCAAGAGGUCAGUGUCCUACGAAACCAUCCUCUUUGGUAGCGAACUACGUGAACAACUAAGGGCUUUAUUCAAAAACACUGAAAACCGAAAAGGCAUUCACAGUACGAGCACUAUCAGAUCUGACGUAAGCACCUUGUGUACCAACUGAAACGUUUCAUCGAAUAAACUUGUUACAAUCCCUAUUCUUUUUUCUCUCACUUGUAUUUACGUAUUUCGAAUCCAUCGGCGCUGUAGCACGAAGGAUAUUCUGGCGAAUAUUUGGAAAUUCUUUGGAAUUACAACGGGGCGCGGCAACGGGAAAUAUUCGAAAAGACAAGGCCAUAAAAAUAAAACGCGCUAUAGAGGGAAAAGAAAAAUGUCAAAUCGGAAUGUGUGAGGAAACUCAGAGAAAGGAGGAAAAGGGAUAUUUGCGCAUAGUGUAAUG